AUGACAGCCUCCCGCCUGGACUUUGGGGAGGUGGAAACUUUCCUGGACAGGCACCCAGAAUUGUUUGAAGAUUACUUGAUGCGGAAGGGGAAGCAGGAGAUGGUGGAGAAGUGGCUGCAGAGACACAGUCAGAGUCAGGGGGCUUUAGGCCCAAGGCCCACACUGACUGGCACAAGCAGCGUGGCUCAUGGAGGUGGCAGCAGUAGCAGCACCGUUGGUGAUGGCACAGGACCAAAUGGCUCUGCUAGCAGCCAGCACACUCUGGGUGGUGGGGACUCAGGUGGGGUUCCCCUGAGUCCCAGCUGGGCCAGUGGCAGCUGCAGCGAUGGGAGCCUGCAGCAGAGAGCUUCUCAGAAAGAGCUAAGGAAGAGUUUUGCCCGCUCCAAGGCCAUCCACGUGAACAGGACCUACGAUGAACAAGUGACCUCCCGGGCCCAGGAGCCCCUGAGCAGUGUGCGGCGGAGGGCACUUCUCCGGAAGGCCAGCUCCCUGCCCCCCACCACUGCCCACAUUCUCAGUGCCCUGCUGGAAUCGCGGGUGAAUGUGCCUCAGUACCCCCCUACCGCCAUGGACUACAAGUGCCACCUCAAAAAGCAUAAUGAGCGUCAGUUCUUCCUGGAACUGGUCAAGGAUAUCUCCAAUGACCUUGACCUUACCAGUCUGAGCUACAAGAUCCUCAUCUUUGUCUGCCUCAUGGUGGACGCUGACCGCUGCUCUCUCUUCCUGGUGGAAGGGGCAGCUGCUGGCAAGAAGAGCUUGGUCUCCAAAUUCUUUGACGUGCAUGCAGGAACCCCACUGCUGCCCUGCAGCUGCACAGAAAACUCAAAUGAGGUGCAGGUCCCCUGGGGCAAAGGCAUCAUUGGCUAUGUCGGGGAGCAUGGAGAGACGGUCAACAUUCCUGAUGCCUACCAGGAUCGAAGAUUCAAUGAUGAAAUUGACAAGCUAACUGGAUACAAGACAAAAUCAUUACUGUGCAUGCCUAUCCAAAGCAGUGAUGGUGAGAUUAUCGGUGUGGCCCAAGCGAUAAAUAAGAUUCCUGAAGGUGCUCCAUUUACUGAAGAUGAUGAAAAAGUUAUGCAGAUGUAUCUUCCAUUUUGCGGAAUUGCCAUAUCUAAUGCUCAGCUAUUUGCUGCCUCAAGGAAAGAAUAUGAAAGAAGCAGGGCUUUGCUAGAGGUGGUUAAUGACCUCUUUGAAGAACAGACUGACCUGGAGAAAAUUGUCAAGAAAAUAAUGCAUCGGGCCCAAACACUGUUGAAAUGUGAACGCUGUUCUGUUUUACUCCUAGAGGACAUCGAAGCACCAGUGGUGAAGUUUACCAAAUCCUUUGAAUUGCUGUCCCCAAAGUGCAGUGCCGAUGCUGAGAACAGUUUCAAAGAAAGCAUGGAGAAAUCAUCAUACUCCGACUGGCUAAUAAAUAACAGCGUUGCUGAGCUGGUGGCUUCUACAGGCCUUCCAGUAAACAUCAGUGACGCCUACCAGGAUCCCCGCUUUGACGCCGAGGCUGAGCAGAUAUCUGGUUUUCACAUAAGAUCGGUUCUCUGCGUACCUAUUUGGAAUAGCAACCACCAAAUAAUUGGAGUGGCUCAAGUGUUAAAUAGACUUGAUGGGAAACCUUUCGAUGACGCAGAUCAACGACUUUUUGAGGCUUUUGUCAUCUUUUGUGGCCUUGGCAUCAACAAUACAAUUAUGUAUGAUCAAGUGAAGAAGUCGUGGGCCAAGCAAUCUGUGGCUCUUGAUGUGCUAUCUUAUCAUGCAACAUGUUCAAAAGCUGAAGUUGACAAGUUUAAGGCAGCCAACAUCCCUUUGGUGUCAGAACUUGCCAUCAACGACAUACAUUUUGAUGACUUUUCUCUCGACGUUGACGCCAUGAUCACGGCUGCUCUUCGGAUGUUCAUGGAGCUGGGGAUGGUACAGAAAUUUAAAAUCGACUAUGAGACACUGUGUAGGUGGCUUCUGACUGUAAGGAAAAAUUAUCGGAUGGUUCUAUACCACAACUGGAGACAUGCCUUCAACGUGUGCCAGCUGAUGUUUGCAAUGUUAACUACUGCCGGGUUUCAAGAGAUUCUGACGGAGGUGGAAAUUUUAGCGGUGAUUGUGGGAUGCCUGUGUCAUGACCUCGACCACAGGGGAACCAACAAUGCCUUCCAAGCUAAGAGCGGCUCUGCCCUGGCCCAACUCUAUGGAACUUCUGCUACCUUAGAGCAUCACCAUUUCAACCACGCAGUGAUGAUCCUUCAAAGCGAGGGUCACAACAUCUUUGCUAAUUUGUCCUCCAAGGAAUACAGUGACCUUAUGCAGCUUUUGAAGCAGUCAAUACUGGCAACAGACCUCACGCUGUACUUUGAGAGGCGAACUGAAUUCUUCGAACUUGUCAGUAAAGGAGAAUAUGAUUGGAACAUCAAAAACCAUCGUGAUAUAUUUCGAUCAAUGUUAAUGACAGCCUGUGACCUUGGAGCCGUGACCAAACCGUGGGAGAUCUCCAGACAGGUGGCUGAACUUGUAACCAGCGAGUUCUUUGAACAAGGAGAUCGGGAGAGGGCAGAACUCAAACUCACUCCUUCAGCUAUUUUUGAUCGGAACCGGAAGGAUGAGCUGCCUCGGUUGCAAUUGGAGUGGAUCGACAGCAUCUGUAUGCCUUUGUAUCAGGCAUUGGUGAAGGUCAAUGUGAAACUGAAGCCGAUGCUGGAUUCGGUGGCUGCCAACAGAAGUAAGUGGGAAGAGUUGCACCAGAAAAGGCUGCUCGUCUCUUCGGCUGCCUCUGCCCCUCUGUCAAUCUCAUGGUGACAGGAGAUGACAGAGACUAACCCUCCAGGUCAGCCGUGGCUGUGAAAUGACUUGGUCCUCAAGAGCCAGCUUCAGUCCCACCACAGCAUUCUUUUGUUCCUUUAAGCUCAAACAGACAUAAAGUCUCAGGGUUGUGCUAGGAAGCAUGCCUGGGCUUUUACCCUGCAGUGUGGUGUCAGCAGAAAGGACAGAGGAGGAGGUGGGCCAGGGAGCACAUGCCCCAGGACACUCACCUCUCCCUGAGGAACAC